AUGCUGAACUCUGGCUAUGGCAUCGCGACCUACCCAGACAUUCGCGUGGAGCCUGACACGCUCUUCUACGGCGCCAGCACGACCAAGGCGUUUCUCGCCGCCGCCCUGGCACUCAUGAUCGAGUCUGGGAACUACACGACAUCCUCGUUUCCCGCCGAGCCACUCUCGUGGACGACGCCGAUCGCCAAUGUCAUCCGCGACGACUUCGUGCUGAUGGACGAGUGGUCCACGACGCACAUAACGAUCGAGGACGCCCUGUCUCACCGCACGGGGAUGCCACCCCACGACAAGGCGCUGGCGCGGUCGUACGACGGCGAGCACACGGCGACGCCCCGCGACGUCGUCCGCAGUCUGCGGCAUCUCCCUCUGACGGCGCCGCCGCGGACCAAGUUCCAAUACUGCAACCUGAUGUACGCGGCCGCGUCGCACGUCGUCGAGACGCUAACGGGCGGACGCUUCCUGGGCUCGCUGCUGCGCGAGUGGAUCUGGGCACCGCUGGGCAUGGCAGGCACGUACUUCACGCUCGAGGACGGGCUGGCCGCGCCGGAGCACUUCGCCGCGGGCUACUACUGGGACGAGAAGAACGGCUCGUUCGGCACGGUGCCGUACAUGCCCCUGGAGGAGGUCACUGGCGCCGGGUCGAUCAUCUCGAGCGUCCGCGACUACGCAAAGUGGCUGCGCUGUCUCGUCGAGGAGGCGGCUCCGUUGCCCAAGGCGGCGCACAGGGCGUUCAAGACGCCGCGGGUCUUCGUGUCGGACGAGCCCGGGGCCUACGACACGCCGUCUGGCUAUGCAUUUGGGUGGUGGACGUCGAGUUACAAGGGCCACCGCGUUUGGACACACUCCGGUGGGAUGCAUGCGUAUGGUGCAGAGGUGUAUAUCCUACCGGAUCAGAAGUUUGGAGUGGUCACCUUCGGCAACACCGCUUUCAGCUCGAACGCGGUUGGAGAGAUCGUUGUCUGGGAUCUGAUUUAUAAGAAGCUGGGCAUUGCCGAGGCCGAUAGAUACAAUUGGACUGAAAAGUGGCUAGGAGCCGAAAAUAGGCUUCGCGCGAAGGUCGACAAUGCAUUGGAGGAGAUCUAUCCGGAUCGUCCAACACCAGGUUUGCCGAGAGCUCUGCCGCUGGAGAAUUACACGGGAACUUACUUCCAUCCGGGAUAUAUGAACAUGACAUUGGAGCCAGCCACCGACGCUGCUAGGGCCGAGAAGCCGAAGAUCGAGCUUGUUGCCGCUAGGAACCAGGCAACCUGGAAGGAUUUCUGCCAGUUUGAACACAUUUCCGGCGAGCACUGGAUGAUGUACACAUAUUUUUCUGAUGGCCCUGCUACUGUCUUGAAGGGAUUUGCGCCGGCUCAAUUCACGAUCGGGCCAGACGGGAAGGUCAAAUCACUGGGGAUUGAAUGGCAAAACCUGUCAGGGCUUGUGGACGGACUGAUCUGGUUCGAGAAAAUAGCAUGA